AUGUUGCAGGUGGCGAAAGCUGCACGUGAAGCAGGAGUUCGCCGGAAACAGCUGGCCCGAUCAAUUGCUUCUACAGCAUCUUCUAGUGGCAGCAGUGGCAGUGGGAAAAGAUCAAGCAGGACCAUGGAACCUACAGCCUCUACCCAGGUCACCCCAGACCCCAAGCAGGUGUGUAGUGUGCCACCCACUGAUGCACAGCCCCGUGAUUCGCAAGACCUGUUGUUUCCACCUGUUGAUGACACAGCAGUUGACGACGGCAGCAAUGCCGAACCUGUGAUUCCUGUCGAAUCACUGCCUAACGCAGAAGGGCAGCAAGCCACACCCACAGAGCCGACAGAACCGACUGCGAAGCCUGGUGUUCCCAUUGUCUUUGGCCCCCCCUGCUCAACCUUUAGCCAUGCCCAAGCAGCCGCCCCAUCACCCACCAACCCGACACCUGCCAAUCCACCCAACAGCAAUCCACCCAACCCUCCGGCACCUGCCAAUCCACCCAACGGCAAUCCACCCAACCCGGCACCUGCCAAUCCACCCAACGGCAAUCCACCCAAUGGCAAUCCACCCAACCCCACACCUGCCAAUCCACCCAACCCUCCAACAGCUGGCAAUCCACCCAAUCCACCCAAUGCAUUGGCAGCUGGCAAUCCACCCAACCAACCCUCAGGUAGCAAUCCACCACCAGCAGAGCCAGCCGAUGACCCUGAAGUGUCCAAAAAAGCAGCCAAGAACCAAUAUAUGCGAUAUUACCGCUCUUUGCGCAGUCUGAACUGUCCCCCAGCUGUUCGGCAGAAGUUUGACGAAGCCAACGAAUGCCCACCUGCAGAAUGUCAGCAGAAACUACAAGAGCUCUUCGAAGAGUUUAAGCGUUGCAACGGUGACUGGCUUCAGUCCAGCAUAUGCUUACAAGAAAGCAGGUCCCACAGCACAGCAACCUGCGGCAUUUGGAAAUGGCUCACCCGUAGUGACACAUGA